CUAAAUUUUGCAGAUUUUGUUUGUGGGAAUUCCCGUGCUUUCGGUUGUAUUGAUCAAAACUCUCGCCGAGUGACAUAUUAGUAACGUUAUGGCUAAGCAGGUUGUGCAGCACAACCGGACUGUUUUAGAUUCAUUAGAAGCCGGGGACCUGGUAGAGUUCAAUAGGGGAUUCUAUUCGCACUGGGCCGUCUACAAAGGAAGCAGAAAAGUCAUCCAUCUAACUGGCAUCGGAAAUGAAGGUGUUAAUGCCAUAUCUGGUUCUGUCUUCACUAUCUGCGGUCAGCGAUUCAACAAAGCGGUCGUCCGCGUCGACGAUUUCUGGGAGGUUGCCGGUGAUUCGAAGGCCUACAAGAAAAGUUCUAACACGAGGUUUUCUCCUCAAGAAAUAUUAAAACGAGCCAUGGAUAAGAUUGGGGAGAUUGGCUACAACCUACUAUGGAGCAACUGUGAACAUUUCGCAAACUUCUGUAGAUACGGGGAGGAAAAGAGCGAACAGGUGGAGAAGGUCGUCAUGGUGGCUUGUGUCGCCGCGGUUGGUGUGGUUGUGGGUGCUUUAUUGUACGGCAUAUCAAAAAAGGAGAAAAAACAUGAAUAUAACAAUGAUGACUUCGAAGUUGAUUAUACUUACAUGGGCAUCAAGACGCCCACCAUGUUCUCACAAUUAGGCAGAGUACAGAUUAGUAUUGGAAUCGUGCAACUGAUGUUUGUUCAUGCUAUCAGAGUUGCUUCAGACCAGCCUGCGCAUCCACACAGUCAGGCGGUUUUAGCUUCACUUACACCCGGAGACCUUGUUGAGUUCAAAAGGGGCUAUUAUUAUUCGCACUGGGCCAUCUACAAAGGAAACAGCAAGGUCGUCCAUCUGGCUGGCGACGAAAAUGACGGCCUAAACGCUAACCUGAACUCCGGUAACAUCUUCACUAUUUGCGGCAAACGAUUCAACAAGGCCUUCGUCCGCGUCGACGAUUUCUGGGAGGUUGCCGGCGAGUCAAAAGCCGAUAAAAACAACUCGCAUGACGGUUCUAGCACCCCAUUGUCUCCCGAAGAAAUCAUAGAAAAAGCCAUGGAAAUGAUUGGUGAGAUUGGUUACAACCUUCUGUGGGGAAAUUGUGAACAUUUUGCCAAGUUUUGUAGAUACGGGAAAGCAAAAAGCAAACAGGUGGACGAUGUCUUCACAGCUGCUGCCGUCGCUGGUGUAGCAACGUUGGGCGCGAUAUUUUUGUCCAAAAUGUUUGGGUCGUCCAAGAAGGAAGAUUCAAUCGAAGAAAAAAAAUAAGAUGGACUUUGUUGUCCAAAUAGUUCAAUGUUUGCGUCCACUUUAUAUGGUCGGACUGUUGGUGAAAAAAAACAUGUUGGGCAUAAGAGAACAAUUCGCUUCUUUUGUUUUGGUGUGCAUAACUUUCCAGAUUAGUGCAAACUUGACCAUGUCAUGCUCUUUUGUUGUCUAUGGUGUUGUAAAUAUACAAUUAAUAACUUUUUAAAAAAUUGCUUAUUAAUUAAAAAACUAGCAAUUUUUAUCUGAAUCUUAUCUUAAUAGAUCUAUAUCUGAAAGUCGUUUAUACACAUUCAAUAAAAUCUGAAUUAUUUAAAUAAAUGGGCUUUUAAAUUAAUUGUAUUUACAGUAACAGACAUUAACCAAUUAAAGUUUUGUUUUUUAAUGAUACUGUUGUGCCCCGAGACAUUUAUUAUUCUAAUUUAGUAUUAAUUUUCAAAAGUGAUUUACUUUUGUCCUCAUUUGAUUGUGAUGAUAAUAUAUAUAUAUAUAUAUAUAUAUAUAUAUAUAUAUAUAUAUAUAUAUAUAUAUAUAUUUGUAUUACAAUGUGGAUGAGGUAUUUCCAAUGAUCGACUUUUACUAUUAUAAAUAGUAAAAAGCAAUAAUUUUAUGCACAAUUUUCAAGCAGUCAAUACAAUUUAUCAUGUGUUUUAAUAAAAUUAUAUGUGUUAUAUAAGAAGCAUAUAAAGGAGUAUAAUGAGGCGAUGUAAAAGUUACUAUCAACCUUGCUCAUGUACCUUCGCAAUGCAUUUAAUGAAUAUCUUCCUUUUAACAUCACACAAGGACUUGAAGAAGUAUGUGUAACUGUGUUGUGCUAUGACAUUUCUUAUUACAAAAUAACUAUAUCAAACAUUAAACAACUAUUUUCGAUUCCUAAUUCAAAAGAUAUGCGAUGAUUACAGACGUUCUGUAUUCAUUAAUACAGUUCUAUAAGCGUCACUGUACUUAUUGGAUGAAAAUUAAGCCUGUCGACAAUAAUUAACAUCAUAUUAACUGUUUUAGUUUAGUAUUUAGUAGGUCACACGGGUUAUUUUUAUUUAUGUUGCAUUAAUAUUUGCUUUUAUAUCUCGUGUAUAUCAACAUGUAUGCUAACCCGGUAUAUCUACAUAGUACAUACAGUAUUAUUGUUGUGGUACAAUUAUUGUGGGAUCCAGUUUUAUUGCAUUGAUUUUCAAUGAACACGUUUAACUCAAUAUGAUAAUGUAUAUUGAAAUAUGCCAUGUAACUGCUUUCUAUUGCAUAAUGCUUAUUCCCUUGUACGAGCGGGUGUCGCGAUAUCUAGUAUAUCUGUUAUAUUAA